GUUAGCCACGACAACGAAAUGAAGCGACUCGAAGCCUGAACCUCUCCUCUGCGAGACUGCAUAAUCCGAUUACGCAGCUCAACGUCGACUAAUCACUGGACUGUGAGGCUUCCACGCGGUUCCCAGCAGCAUGUGGGAUCAACCACACAAGAGCAGCCGAAGCCGUCAAAAAGAGAGCAGCUCCUACCGCGCAGCACCGAGAUAUAGUAGCCAAGUCCCGCGUAGUUACCGGGAUACCCAUCGUCCAGAAAACUACGUCUCGUCGCCCACAGAUUUGAGCUCGGACUACGACACCCCACGCCGUGGGUUCAACGAAGGUUUACCCCCCAAUCAUAGGCGAUAUGUGAAUCGGGCUAUGGAUUCCGAAUACGCUACGCAGAAGAGAGAAACAAGGGACGUGUACGGUUUCUCACAGCCUCACCCGAGGCACCCACCACGACCGUCUGGGCGGCCACAGUACAGGGCUCAGUCUCCAGAUCCAGACUGCAUUGCACAAGAUUCUCAGUCUGACGAAGAUUACAUAGCCACGCCUGAAGUAAAGAAAGAUGCUUGGAGAAAUCGUCGGUCUCGCUACGAUGACCGUUCCACUGACGAUUCCUUGGGCAAUGGCUCACCAAUCCGCCCUUCUCCUCCAGAGAACUACAGUGAUAGUCCCCCCUCAGACUACGCUCCUCAUCCUAAAGCCAAGUCCGAAGAUCGGAGGGUGAAAGCAGGCUGGGGCAACAGUGAUUCCUUCAGCCAACCCCACCGUCUAAACCCUAGGGAACAUGAGAACUACCGCGAAGCAAAGCAAUUUCUCGACCGCUUCGAAAAGCUCCACAAUCAUAGCACGGAUCGGUCCGACACCGAAUCUUACAGCGAUGACGGCCCAAGGAAUCGCCAAGAUAGCUUUUCCAGGCAGCACCCAGAGCCUGAGCGAGAUGAUGAAGAUGACUACGCGCCAAGUCCACACAAUUACCGAGAAAGACACCAUAGCGACCGUACUCGUUGGAGGGAUUCAGAAGAAGCUUACCACCGGUUAGAGGAGGAUAGCCGCCGCAACCAUCGCGAGCCUCGUGUAAGGAAUCUAGACCCACGAUACCCCUGGCCCAGUUCACACUGCCCGGACAGCUUCUCCCACAAUGCCAGCAGCUUUUCGGCUCCUCCUCCUCCUCCAAAACAUGUAGACCACUCGCGCCACCGACGCGGUUCCACAUACUCAGACAAUGACGACCAUGCCACUUACUCCGACAUAGCCUCUCUCCCCAGUACCUCACACUCCGAUCGCCUCUCUCGCGUACCCACAGCCGUAGACUCAGAAGACUACUCUUCGCCACCCCCCAGAGUACCCUCACCACCUCCAGCUAUAUACCGACGGCACCGUGAUAGCGGCAGUGACUACGCGCCCAUGCCUGGCGCCUUCCGGAGCGUGAGCAGGAGUCGAAGUAGGAGUCCCUAUGAGCCAGUAAGGGGCGGAAGAAAUAGGAGCCCAUAUGCGUCAUCUCCUGUUCGUAGUACACCUAUCAGACAUCGAAGGGGGAAUGUGAGGUACAGGGGUGAUAGUGAUGAUAAUGGUGUUGCGGAGGGGAGUGACUAUCUUCCUAGUGAUAGUGAGGAUGAUGAGCGUAUUAGUGGGGGUGGUAAUGGCGUGGCAGAGGGAAGUGACUACGCUUCUAGCAUAGAUGGGCGGAGUGAUGUUUGUGAGAAGGAUAGUUGGGGUGCUAGGGUUGCUGGUGUUGAGAGGGCAGGCACUGGCGGUAGGCCGUAUGGGAAGAUGUGGUAAUGGUGGUGGGUGUAAAGUGCAUGAGGACGAGGAGAUGAAGCUUGACGAAACGA